GGACGCCGGCGAGCGCCCGCUUCGCCACUCCCUCUCUGGGCGGGCCUCCUCCCGUCCCUCCCAGGCCGGCAGGCGGAGCGGAGGCCAUGGCGGCGGCUGGCGGGUUCAGAACCGUGGAACCUUUGGAGUAUUACAGGAGGUUUUUGAAAGAAAACUGUAGACCUGAUGGGAGGGAGCUUGGUGAAUUCCGGACCACCACAGUCAACAUAGGUUCAAUUACUACUGCAGACGGCUCUGCCCUUGUGAAGCUGGGAAAUACGACCAUGAUAUGUGGCAUAAAGGCGGAAUUUGCAGCACCCCCUGCUGAUUGUAGCAACAAGGGAUAUAUCGUGCCUAACGUGGAUCUCCCUCCACUCUGUUCAUCAAGAUUUCGACCGGGACCACCGGGAGAAGAAGCUCAGGCAGCCAGCCAGUUCAUGGCCGAUGUGAUUGAAAAUUCACAGGUGAUAAGGAGAGAAGAUCUGUGCAUUGUAGAUGGAAAGCUUUCUUGGGUCCUCUACUGUGACAUUAUAUGCUUGGACUAUGAUGGGAAUCUUCUAGACGCCGGCAUGUGUGCUUUCCUAGCAGCUUUAAAAAAUGUCCAGUUGCCGGCUGUUCGUAUAAAUGAAGAAACUGGUUUAGCAGAAGUGAACCUGAAGGAGAAAGCUCCCUUGACUGUCCGGAAGGAACCGGUGGCUGCAUCAUUUGUGCUGUUUGACUCGCUGGUGAUCGUUGAUCCAACUCUGGAAGAGGAGGACUUGGCCACUGGGACUGUGACCAUCGUCACGGACGAAGACGGCAAACUGUGUUCUGUUCACAAGCCAGGUACUGUGCCGAGACUGUUUCAAGUGAAUUAGGAAAAACCCAGCUUUCCUCAAAGCAACUGACCCCAUGAAGCCCCCUGAUAGUAAACCAGGCCCAACUGCUCAGACUGCCUGUGGCUCGGCUGCCAGGAGGUUCAGUUGGAGAUGUUGGGGAUUGAACUUGGGGCCUCCAGCACGCCAAGCAGAUGCCUCCCUGCCACCGAGCCACAGCCCUUCCCCACGUCUUCCACUGACACAAUCUUUAGACAUAAACUGCAGCUCUCCAAGCAACCCAGGAGUGGCAAAGAGACUUCUUGGCUGAGAGGUGUCUUUUCAGAGCAGAGGUGGUUACAAUACAACAAACCUUUAAUACUGUUCCACCAGGCUUUUGGUGAGGCUGGCCGCGGAUUGUCA